UCCUUUAUUCUGGCAGAUGCCGAGACGCAAGCUUAAGCGAACCAUGUAAAAAAGGGAAGUUUGGCGGGUGUUGGUUAAAUUUUUACGAUAAAAUGCGUUAGUGCACUGAGGCAAAUGCGCUCGAAAUUGUUAAUUUUUGUUUUUGUUAUUGUUUGCGAUGUGUUAAAUGCGGAUAUAGCCCUCUGCCCUCUAGAUUUUUACCACGAGCAAUUUGCGGAACGAGCGGAACUAGAGCGUGAAGAAUCAACCACCGGCUUAACCAUCAAUGACAUCCUCCCCGAGGACCCCAUCAAGUACGACAAAAUGCGCCCGCCCAAGAAGGACGGCAACCCCACCAAGGUCUACUUCCAUGUGACCGUGAUGGGCUUGGACAGCAUCGACGAGGGCUCGAUGACGUACGCGGCGGACAUUUUCUUCGCGCAGACCUGGAAAGACCACCGGUUGAGACUACCGGAGAAUAUGACGUCAGAGUACAGGUUGCUGGAAGUGGAUUGGCUGAAGAAUAUGUGGAGGCCGGAUUCGUUCUUUAAGAACGCGAAAUCGGUGACGUUUCAGACUAUGACGAUUCCGAAUCAUUACAUGUGGCUGUAUAAGGAUAAGACGAUUUUGUAUAUGGUGAAAUUGACGUUGCGGCUGAGCUGUGCUAUGAAUUUUAUGAUUUAUCCACAUGAUACGCAGGAGUGCAAGUUGCAGAUGGAAAGUUUGUCCCAUACUACCGACGACAUGAUCUUCCAAUGGGACCCCGAUGUACCACUAGUGGUAGACGAAAACAUUGAACUACCCCAGCUAGCUCUUCUCCAUAACCACACAGCCGACUGUACUCAAGUCUAUUCCACCGGGAACUUCACCUGUUUGGAGGUAGUUUUCGAACUAAAGCGUCGCCUAGGGUACUAUCUUUUUCAUACGUAUAUACCCACCUGUCUCAUUGUGAUCAUGUCAUGGAUUUCGUUCUGGAUUAAACCAGAAGCGGCUCCCGCUAGAGUGACGCUUGGAGUGACAUCUUUGUUAACUUUGUCGACUCAGCACGCCAAAAGUCAAGCCGCUCUUCCACCAGUUUCGUAUUUAAAAGCAGUCGAUGCCUUCAUGUCAGUGUGCACGAUAUUCGUUUUCAUGGCACUAAUGGAAUAUUGUUUGGUGAACAUUGUCCUAGGCGACUCGGAUCUACCCAAACCCCCACCACCACCAAAAAAACUUGAAACCAUUUUCGACAUGGCCGCCAAAGAAAACUCUUUUUUGUUAAGUGGGGUCCCCAAGCCGCCACCGGUGGAAACUCCAGCCCAAAGGGCCAGAAAUAGGGCCAUUAACAUAGACCGAUUUAGCCGAAUUUUCUUCCCUUUGUUGUUCACGGUCCUCAACGGCACGUACUGGAUCAUGGUUGCCGAUUAUAUCUAA